CCGUUGGUUAGUGCACGAGUCGAACUUUGCGGGACCUGCACGUUGGUUGGUGGCCAAGGGUGGUGCGUCGAUUGGCAUCGCGCUAGCAAUUGAUCAUUGCAAAAGCCUGGUUUACUUGCUUCUUUAGAAAUGGCUGAUGAAAUUGCUCUUGCGCGUGAACGCCUCGCCGCCAAGUUUGGCGACGUGCGCACCGGUGGCAAAGGCUCGGUGCGACGAAAGCACAAGGCCGCGCACAAGGUCCAACCUGGUGACGACAAGAAGUUGAACGCGGCGUUGAAGAAGCUCGGCGUGACCCCCAUCCCUGGUGUCGAAGAAGUCAACUUGUUCAAGGCCGACGGCCAAGUGAUUCACUUUGUGCAGCCCAAGGUGCAAGCGUCGAUCGCGUCCAACACGUUCGCCGUCUCGGGCGCCGCCUCCACCAAAUCGCUGCAGGAAUUGCUCCCCGGCAUCAUCAACCAACUCGGCCCGGACAACCUCGCCAACUUGAAGCAGAUUGCCGAAACCUACACCGCCAUGCAGCGCAACGCCCAAGGCCACGCCGCCUUGGACGACGAAGACGACGACGACGUCCCCGACCUCGUCGAAAACUUCGAAGAUGUGAGCGAACAAGACUAAGCGGCUCCCCCUCAACGAGGGCGAUUUCGGCACUUCGUAGGAACCAUAUUUCUUCAAUAGUACAUGCAGACAGUACGCCAGGCUACAAACA